CGUAAGCUAAGCUGGCUAAACGUCAAAUGUGAAGUGUAGUAUAGUGUACGUGAUUACUUGUGUCGUUUCUUUUCCCUAUCGACGACAGCAUACAAAAUCAUGUUUAUUUAUGUAAUAGUUAAUCACAUCUAGUUUAGAGUUCUUGUAUUAGUUUUUCCGACAAAUAUCUGUCGUUUUAUGGGUGUUGGUGCAUCAACAUGGGCUGUUUAGCUUGGAUUCGAGGCUUAAAAAUAACCCUUCCAUUCAAAGACAAAGAGCUAAACAAAAUAGCAGCAUUCUUCAAUGUGACUACUUUCCUCCUAACCUGCGCUGCCCUGGUGCAGCCCAGCUGGUUCAGGAUAAAGGGGCUGCAUUGCACGCAGAGCCUGUCGCUGUCUCAGUUUUUCUCAUUUGACGAAGAUGAUGACUAUGAUGAUCAGAUUAACUUGGAUCAGGGGAGAGACUUUGAUUUGAAGAGGGAUUAUCCUGGUCUACCACCAUGUACAACACCAGAGACCAUUACACUCAUGAGAGUACUCAUCCUAUUAUGUUUCAUGGUGCUACUUUGUUCCUCAAUUGGAAUCCUUAUAAACAUAACUAGCUUAAACAGCAAAGCAAUCAAGAUGCUCCGAAGGAAUGCCAUCCCAAGCAUAAUGUGUGUCUUCUGGGUGAUAGCUAUUGUUGGUGUGUGCUAUUACACCACUGUGGUACUGGGGAAUAACUAUGAUUCUAAUGCAAUACAGGUGGAUUAUGAAUAUGGUUUCUACACGAUUACUGGUGCUGGUGCUCUAGCAUUGCUAGCAUCCGCCGCUAACCUUUGGGGGGCGCCACUCUCCAGCGACGAGGAUAUCCAGCGGCGAAACCUCAUGGAGGACUGGGACGGCUACGAGGCUCACAGCGUGGGCCCGACCCCGUGCGUGCCGGCGCUGCCGCCGUACUCGCCGAGCGCGGAGGCGGCGGCGGGCUACGCGGCGUCGGCGCUGCCGGUGUACGCGCCGCCCGUGCUCGGCGCGCAGCAGUACUUCCCCUUCGACGACCUUUCUAUACUACCGCCGCCUCCGCCUUAUACCCCUUAAGGUUUUUCAUUCAUUUGUCCUAUUACUAUAUGAUGUAGUUUUGUUUCGCGUUCUUUAAGUAGAAAAUGCCGCAGUUAAAUAAUUAAUGACAAAGUUAUACCUAUUAUGAAAAGUAUCCAGAAUCGCACCUCCAUUAUUUACUAAUCUGGGGCAAUGGCUACAACAAAAUUGGCAGUUCUAGCCCUGCCCCAAGUAACAUGCGGUAAUAGUUCAUUAUUCUAAAUACAAAUGUAGAUUUAUAAUUAUUUUAUUUAGCUAUAUACUUUUGAAAUGUUUAUGUUUAUACGCCAUACGAUAAAAAAAAAAAAUUCUAAAUACAAAAUCAACAUCAAGUAGGCAACAUUUUCAUGUCAGUAUUUGUGUUUUAGUAGUCUAGUUCUAAAUAUGGUAAUGGUAAUUGGAUUUCAACCAUUUUUUGUGAUUUUUCUUUGUCUCUUCGCUUCGAUAGUCGGUCGUAGUUACCACGCCAAGAUUUGUUUUGUCCGUUGAUCGCGAUAGAAAGACACAUCGCGUCAGCGCUUUCGCACUACGGCUUUUACUACUAUUGGUGUGAUAGAGGGAAUGCACGAUCUUUCCUCUCGUUUUUAGCGCAGACUUAGCUUAGCGUAUAAAAUACAUAAAUGACAAAGUUUGACGCCCAAAUACUACCGAUUGAUUAAUUUUAUUUUGUAUAAUAAUAACCCAUUGGUAUUUUAUUUCUGUAGUUAAGCUUAACGUAUAAUUCAAAUAGUGUAUUCAAUAGUACUGUAGUGUUUUUAGUUUCAUAAUAUAGUACAAUAAAUAAAUUCAGUGUUCCGAUCUCGAAUGUAUGGGAGUCUCUUCUGAUAUCAAUAACUUCGAAACUAAACUGACUACUCACGCCAUACAACUUGAUGUAGGUUAUUGAAAAAUGAAUAAGCGUGAAGUUAUACUAUGAAAGUAAUUGUUAUUUACGUGUAGAAAGCAUAAUGUUCUCUUUUGUAUAUGUGGUUGUGAGUUUAUUAACACUGUUCACUUCAAAAUAUGUGAUUUGCCAUUUUAGUGCCUAUUCAUGUCGUACUUCUCAAAAUGCUUUAAAAUGAUAUUUAAAAAUAUUAAAAAAUUCGGUUUGUUGUGUACAUAUAGCUAUAUAGUUUAAACCUAUAAUAGUAUAUUUAUUAGUGUAAGUCAUGGACGAAAUAUAAAAGCAUUUUUCUUAAACUAAUAUUAACUAAGUAUAUAUUAAAUAAGUAUUAAUUACGUUAGUAUGGUAUCAUUAUCAUCACAGUAUUUAUUUAAGUAAGUUAUUUUAUACUUAUACUGAAACUUCUUUAUAUUACAAUUGCCCAGUGGCCUGAAAUGUUAUAAUUUAUAGCAUCAAUUGUUCUCUGAAAUAUUUAAAUAUGAAACCUUUCGAGGCCUUUAAACUGGAUCCUCAAAUGGCAAUAAGCAAUAACUAUGCCUGUAGGAAUUGCCUAUCAAUAAGUACAUAGGUAACGGAAAAUUAAAACUUUUGUAGGAGCAAUGAAAAUGUUAUUCUAAGAUGUUUUGUAAACUUCAUUUCAAUUCUCUUCAUUUAUGAACACAGACAUCGGAUUAUGAAGCGUUUACGAAGAGUACUAGGUCACCACACAUAGGUUCAAUUUUACUUGUAAAAUGCUACGAAUCGAGCAGCAUAACUGUGUUGUAUUCUACACCAUUUUAUACUUAAAACCCUAAUAGGUUACCCAGGUAUACUCCUAAAACUGAUUUUUGUUAAUAUUUUUAACUUAGGGUGGUAUUGGACAGGUGCAAACACCACUUACACAAGUAAUGGUCGUAAUUGUGGGCGCAACUGAAAUAAGCGGCCGCGCUCCCAAACUAAAUAUGCGCGGGAGCGUUUUUGAUCUCGGUGUCUUAUGUGCUCUGUCUAGCUGGUUGAGGUGGUCUGUGUUAUAGUUACUUUUUUUAUAUAUCUAGUAUAUACUAGACUACUAACUUACUAUAUAGCAAGUUCAGAAUAUGUCAAAUGUGACGAGCGAAAGUAGGUAAAUCAAUCCAUCUAGGUUUGCGUUUGAAAACCACCGAUCUGAUGUGAUCAUGUUAGAUCACGAACGGUCAACUGCAAAGAAAGUCUCUUCUGCUUCUGCUUUUUACAUACUGGACUUUUGCUGGCUACAAUUUCCAUACUUAUUCGUAGAUUUGCAGACGCAAAGCUAAGGUGAUUAAUUUCUCUCGAUUCACUGCCUCUCUGGAGCACUAACAUGUAUACCUAAUGUGUAUUUCUUUAGCACUGUCCCCAAACGGCUUAAUGAAUUUUAGGCAGCUAUCUGACCGCCGACGAUUAGCGGUAGUUAGUAUCGGUUUUACCGAUAUACUGAAAAUUUAACGAUUAACAAACUCAUACGCCAUGUACUUCUCUUGAACGUUAAAAAUAAUCGAAAGCUAUUCGUUUUCUCGCCGCUGGUCGGACUUGUGCCUAAAUUUCUGAACUUUCGACUUUAUAUUUGUUCUAGUUGCGGAAGGGCUAAGUCGUAACAUUUCAAAUAUUUUGUUCUUACUUAGGUACCUACUGUACGAAAAUUUAUAAAUGAAUAAUAUUAAUAGCAGUAUCUAUAGGUCUCGCCAUUUAAGGUAACAUUCGUAUGUCAACUACAAUUGCAUUACUGCUGCGACAUUACUGCGGCGGCGUUGAGGCCGUCAAGUCAAUUUCCUUGAUAAAAUGAGUCACGGAAUCGAUAAGUCAGCAAUACUUAGCUAAUACUAGUUUAGCACCUUUGCAUACAAACUGCGAUGCUCGGGGGGGGGGGAACUUGUCUCAGCAGCUGACCGUACCUAAUAAUCGCGGCAGCGAAUAUCACCCAUUUUAUCAAGGAAUUGACAUGUACAGCUGCAUCUACAUUAACGCCGCAUCAGUUAUGUCGCAACAGUAAUGCAGCUGCAGUUGACAUCCAAAUGUCACCUAUAGUCGGCGGCCACGAUAUGCAUCCAAUGUCAAGACCGCCUUAGUGUAAUUUUUAGGGUUCCAUCCCAAAGGGUCAAACGGGACCCUAUUACUGAGACUCCGCUGGCCGUCCGUCCGUCUGUCACCAUGCUGUAUCUCUUGAACCGUGAUAGUUAGCCAGUUGAAAUUUCUACAGAUUAUGUAUUUCUGUUGCGCUAUAACAACGAAUACUAAAAACAGAAUAAAAUAAAUAUUUCUUUCCAAUCUCGAGGUUCUUCAUCCAAUCACCGAAGUUAAGCAACGUCGGGCGGGGUCAGUACUUGGAUGGGUGACCGUUUUUAUAGAUAAUGGUGUGGAACACUUCCUGUGCGAGUCCGACUCGCACUUGGCCGGUUUUUAAUUAUCUAUACUCUUAAACCUGUGUGUGUAGUUGCGCUAUGGCUCUCUAAAUGGAGACUUAUACAUCAACUCUUAGCAAGACCUGUAUUUUCUACUGACAUGUGCUUUAUCAGUGACUAAGUAAAAUAUUACAUGAACUUUACUCUGUUAAAUAUCUACUAGUUUCACAGUUAACAGUACAGUUACAUAAUAUUCAAGUGAUUUUUGUCAAAGAGCUUGUAGAAUAAGAACUUGUCUGACAUUUUUGUAAUCUCAAUACAUUAAAUGUUUUGGAGCACUGUAAAUCAAUCUCUUUUCUUAUUAGGGGUUUAUUAUUACAAUACAUAUGUUUUCAUGUGAGUUUUUAAUUUAUUCUUAAGGCCAAUUGCACGUUCCAGGGUUAGCCAACUAACUUGGAUUUAACUGUUUAUACAGUGCAGUUUAACCCUGUAUAAAUGGUUAACAAAUAAAUGACCAUAGUAAGUAAUAACAAUAUUUCAACUAGUGAUGAAAUAACAAUGUGUAAUGUUGUAGUGCUGAUAGUGUUUGCCGUAAUAUUCCAUGUUACCAAAAAUAUAAAAUUGUUGUUAGUUUAAUUGAUUGUUAAUGUAUGUAUAGAUUUCUUUUAGGUGUAAGAUAUAGUUAUUCCUGAUUGAAAAAUUGGGAAGUUUAUUUUUACAUAUAAAACAAGAGUACGAUUUUAUUUUUGUGUAAGACCAAUAUGCAAUAAUACAUAUCUAUAUAAGAAA